AUGAAGGUUCUCAACCUAAUUCAUUGGGCCCAGGCACACAAAACUCGCAGCACACUUCUUGCAAUAGACGCCAAAAAGGCAUUUGAUAGAGUUAGCUGGUCUAUAAUCAAGCACACUUUACAAGCCCUGGGUUUUGGACCACGCUGGCUAGAAUGGUUGGCCGCAAUCUACUCAAAACCCACAGCACGCAUACGUAUUAAUGGCCAACUGUCACAACAGGUCCAAAUCACUAAUGGGACGAGGCAAGGAUGCCCCCUCUCGCCUCUCCUGUUUAUCCUAAUUUUGGAACCCUUUCUACAAGGGAUUAGAGAUAACCCACAAAUCAAAGGCAUCAGAGUAAAUGAUCAUGAAUAUAAAGUCAUGGCGUUUGCCGAUGACCUCCUCUUCACAAUAGCAAAUCCAUUAUCAACCAUUCCAACCAUCAUCUCGGAAAUGGAACUAUACGGCAAAAUCUCACAUUUUCAGAUUCCAAAAUCUGUAUGUUCUGAAAAAUGUUUGCCUGGAACCAGAAAAGUCCUUAGACGAGGAACACAAACCUGCUGUUAUGACUGUGUCCCAUGUUCAGAUGGAGAAAUAACCAACAGAACUGAUAGUGAAAACUGUGAGAAAUGUCUAAGCAAUGAAUGGCCCAAUGAGAGGAAAGAUCGGUGUAUUCCAAAACUGGAAGAAUUUCUAUCAUACAGAAAUGAUACAAUUGCCAUCAUUUUGUCCUCUCUCUCAAUCUUCUGUUUCCUUAUAACAUUUAUGAUAUUAGUCAUUUUUAUUUGGUAUCAAGACACGCCUAUUGUAAAAGCCAAUAACAAGAAUCUCAGUUUUGUCCUCCUGGUUUCCAUCAUGCUGAGCUUUCUCUGUGUGUUUCUGUUCCUUGGUCGUCCUGUGGAUAUAACCUGCAUGUUGCGUCAAACUGCUUUCGGAAUACUCUUCUCAAUAGCAAUUUCUUGCAUUUUAGGUAAAACUAUAAUUAUCUAUAUUGUUUUCAAAGCCACCCAACCUGGCAGUGUCUGGAAAAGCUUUGUUAGUUUAAAAGUCUCCAAUUGUUUCGUAUUCUGCUGUUCUGCUGUUCAAAUUAUAAUUAAUGUAAUAUGGUUGGCUAUUGCGCCUCCCUUUAUGGAACUGGACACGCAUUCUCAUCAAGGAACGAUCAUCAUUCAAUGUAAUGAAGGUUCAGUUAUUGCCUUCUACUCUGUCCUGGGUUAUAUGGGGUUCCUGGCAGCUGUUAGUUUUAUUAUGGCUUUUUUAGCCAGGACAUUACCGGACAGUUUUAAUGAAGCCAAGUACAUCACUUUCAGCAUGCUGGUGUUCUGCAGUGUUUGGAUUGCAAUGAUCCCGGCCUAUCUGAGCACCAAAGGGAAAUACAUGGUGGCUGUAGAGAUAUUUGCCAUAUUGACCUCAAGUGCUGGACUUUUAGCAUGUAUAUUUUUCCCAAAAUCUUUCAAUAUUAUAUUCACACCGGAAAUAAAUACAAAAUCCCAUUUAUAUGGGGGCAUAAAUAAAAUUGGGGCCCAUAAUUAA